UGCGCCGCUCAGAAGAAGCCUCGGCUCAGCUGCCAGCACCUGCACUUCGGCCAUCUUGCCGUUCACGAUGCACAAAGACGACAAGACCUCCGAGGUGUCCAAGUCGCGGAGGAGCGGCAGCCGCAAGAAGUCCCGCAGCGACUCGCACCACAAGGCCGCCGACGAGGCCGAGCACACUGACUCCGAGCAGACGCAGGACCGGACGCUGGACAGGUCUAGCCCUGCUCGGCACGGGACGCGAAAGGUCAAGCGGGCUGAAGACAGACCGCAGCAGGAAGUCAAGCCCGUCAUCCAGGCAAACGCGGCCGUCCACCGACCAGGGGCCCCAGUCCCGAAAGGCGCUGUGACGUCAACAACGAGGCCGCCAUUGGAGUCUCGUCCAACAAAAGCCGCAGCACUCGAAGAGUCGCGGUCGAAAACCGGAACGAUUGUCACCCAAGGCGGUGUCAGAGCCGCGCCAAGCACGCCUGCGCCGAACCAGGACGUGACCGUAGAGAUUCAGCACGCCGCCGCCGCCGCCGCCGCGCAACAGUCCGAGAAGGGCGACCUGUGGACCUUGGCCGCACUGUUCCUCUCCGUCACCUUUGCCGUCGUCAUCGUGUUCUUCGUCGUCCAGUCGAACCUCAGCAUCGAGCUGUGCACCACGGCGCCCUGCGAUUCGUUCGCCAAGCUGCUCGACGCGUCCGUCAAUGGUUCCAUGAACCCGUGCGACAGCUUCGGCCGCUACGUGUGCGACGGAUGGCGCAGCAAGCACUCGGUCUCACUGCGGGAGUCGGUGUUCCGCACGGCGAUCGAGGCCACCGUCGCGGCGGUGGAAGGUGUCGCCAUCCCGGACACGCACCAGAACGCGGGCGAGCAGACGGCGGCCUUUUUCCGGUCCUGCUACGAGUCCCUCGUCAAGGCGGACGCCGGGUCGGCCGCCGACGAGGUCGCGCUGGUCAGGGCGUACCUCGCCGAGGCCGGCGUCGUGUGGCCCUGGAUUCCGUCGCGGCCGGACGUGCUGGAGACGAGCCUGUUCCUCGCCUUCGAACUGGGGUGGCCCGCGAUCCUUGACAUCAAGGUCAGGGGCUCCUCGGCGAACUCAAGCGCCGUGAUCCUCGAGCCUUCGGCCUGGUUCACGCGACUGAUCCCUCUGAUCGAUUCGAGAACCACGAGCGAGGUGCAGCGGAAGGGGUACUUCGACGCUCUCGUCCAGCACUACGGCGGCGUCGGGAACGUCACCUACAGCGACAUCCAGGAUGCCGAGCUUGUUAUGAAGAAGCCGCUGAGGGACGCCCUGGCGUUGCGAAACUGGACCACGCUGGAAACGAACCACAUGUAUCCGGACGUUAGCGCAUGGGCCACUGCGCUGGCUAGACACAACGUCACCGGGGCACUCCGCUUCCUGUCGAGUAACGCGGCGUUCGUCAGCACGUUCGGCGAGCUCUGGCAAGAGUACGGUGACGACAGGAUGCACUUGUACGUCUCCUGGUGCGCCGUGCAGUAUGCCUCGAUUUUCACCAGCCGAGACACGCUGCUUGCCACCGCCGCAGGCGGGUCCCGCCUCCCGAGCUGGACGUCUUCGCCGUCCCUCUGUUUCACGUUCACCUACGGUGUGGUGGGAGACGCCAUAUUCGCGCCUUACAGCGCCCGCGUCCUCAAGUCGGGCGUGCGCUCGGACGUGGCCAAGCUGAUGUUCUCCGUGCGCAAAGCGUUCACGGUGCGCUUCAAAGACGACCCUGCGUUCUCCGCUGACACGACCUUGCUCAACGAGUGGGCCUCCAUAGAGGGCGUGUUCGAAGCGUUCGACUACCGGAUAAAGCACGAUCUUCACUCUCCGUUCCUGGGCUAUCCGGACAUGACGUCGUCGUUUGUGCGCAACUGGAGGAACGCGUCGCGGUUGCGGUUUCAGACGGAGGCCAGCGUCUACGUCCUGCGCACGAUCGACGCCAUCCUCAACAGAGAACUGUACACGGUCAAGAAGAACUCGCAGGACUUCGUGCUGCUGCCCUUCGCGCUGACGUCCCCGAUGUACGACGUCGAGACGUCAGUCGCGAUCAAGUACGGCACGCUGGGCGCGCUGCUGGCGCGCGCAUCGGCCGAGAUCGCCCUGGACUACUACGGCAGGCAGACGGCGACCAAGCAUCGUCUGGACGAGUCUCGAGAAUGCUUUGACAAGGACGUCCGGACGAUGUCGAUCGCGCCGCGGGUGAACGUCAUGCUGGAGGCGGUCGCCAUCGAAGCCUUGCUGGACGCCUUCCAGGAGAACUCGGAUAAGAAGCAUCAGGAUCACGAGGACGUCGCCGGUUACUCGGCACUGGAGACCUUUUUCCUCUCCUGGUGCCUCAUGAAGUGCGCCGCGCCUCCCAACGAGCGCAACGCGGACGUGGAUCCUUGCUCCGCACCUCUGCGGCACGUUCGGAGGUUCUCGGAAACCUUCCGUUGCAAGCCGGAGACAUCGCUAAAUCCCGUGCACAAGUGCCGGGUUUUCUAACGACCGCAUGUGUUCGCGCUGUCAUUUGCACAGGUCUCGCGGGCAUAUACGAAAGUUUUGAAAGGCUAGUCGUCUUCAAGCGCUGAGGGUUACGCGCUAUAGGAUGUCGCUCGUACAGACAUGCGUAGAUAGUGCUGAGGAACUGUGCGUCUGGACAUGGAGGUGCAAUUGAUAUAUCAACGCACGCAUGUUCCUCGCGGCAUAUCAGCGCUCACACAGAGACAGCUGACGACAGUCUGAAACUUUCGCAGCUCACGAGAGCCAGUCUUGCGGACAGCUGUGGACAAUUUUUCUUUUAUUGUGCAGUUUUGUGUUUUGAUAUACUGCGAAUGUACAUGUCUACGUUUUUUUUUCUUUUUCAUGUGGUGCGUUGUUCCCUUUGCCUUGAAUGUACUGUGCAUGAGUUUUCACUCCGAUGGACAGAGGGAGGGCAUGGGGGGAGGCGGAGGGCUAUACACAGGUUGAAUGAACGGAUAUUCGUAUAGACUCGUUCGCGUAGUGAAUUGCGAACAAACCGCGCAACCAAAGCGAAGCGCGCAAGCGAGAGUUGAUAAAUGUUUACAAUGAACGUGCACCAAGUCGCUAGCCGUCGUAGUUAGUGCUUGGCUUGAACAGAACGCGCAUUUGUGCUUUGAGGAGUGAGAUUCUGCGGGUUUACCAAGUACACAUUGUAUAUUGAGCUUCAAAACAACUUGCGAUUGCGAUAGCCCCGUGUGCCCUAAAGAAGCUACAGUUCCCCCCUUGCUUCGGAACAAUUAUUUUAGGGCACCUGAAGACAACUUCUCUCUUUGUGCAGAGCAUUGCGGAGCGAAGCCUUCCACAUCCGGCGUAGUGAAGAGUCCUGUGUGCUUCACGCGCGUGGUGCCAAUGUUGGAAACCAGUUACAUGCAUGUUCCCCCCACCGCGAAGAAGCCGUUCGUUCGGUGACCGCCGGUGGCGCUAUACGACAGCCGUGGCAAUAGGGAGCCUCCCUGCAAGAUCUGUAGCCGUGGCACAACGUACACGUUUAUUUACAUUCAGCGUAGCGUCUGUUUUAUUGCACGUAUGCUGAUUAACGACGUUCCCUCAACAGCGGUUCCAGCUGCAGAGUCCGGCUCUUAGAAGGCAAGUGCAGCAGGCGCUGCUGGUGCUGGCGCCGGUGCAUCGAGAGCGGGCGCUGGGGCAACUGGGGCUGCAGGCUCCGCAGCAACUUGCGGUUCGGCAA